GAGUAUCACGCAUAGAUUUUCCGACAUCUACACCGUCGUGUUUCGCAGGGUGUAACAAUGUACUUAUAAAACGGAUUAAUUUCGGUGAAAAUUCUACCGCAACUGUGAUCGGACUGCACGUCGUUAAGAGGUAGCUAACGCACUACCGAAAAAUACAAAAAAAAAAACUUAUACAAAACAAAACAAUACACAAAAAUGCCGGCGAUAAAAAGGGAAGCCGAUAGCGCGGUCGAGGGAAAAGUGCAAGAGGUCAUUUCCUCCACGUUCCCGUCCAUCGGUAGCUCGACAACCACCAGGUCGUUUUCAACCACUCAGGAAGAAUCGAAAAUUGAAACAAAAAAUGAAGCCACCACGGAAGCCACCAAUAAGGUCCUCGAGGAGCUACAGAACUUCGGGAAGGAAGUCUCGAAGGAGAUCGGCAUGCCCCCGUGGGCCAUAGUCGCGAUACUGAUAGCCGUCGGAGUGGUCGUCCUAGGGAUUUGCUUUUGCUGCAUAAGAAGAUGCUGUCGCAAGCGGCGUUCAAAGGACGGGAAGAAGGGAUUGAAGGGCGCAGUGGACUUAAAAUCGGUACAGCUACUAGGUAGCACGUACAAGGACAAGGUUCAACCCGACAUGGAAGAACUGACGGACAAUGCCGAAGAGCCGGACGAAGCGGAGAGUAAACAUAGCGAAGUGAAGCUCGGAAAGCUCCAGUACAAGCUGGAGUACGACUUCAAUUCGAAUAGUUUGGCGGUGACGGUAAUCCAGGCGGAGGAGUUACCAGCCCUGGAUAUGGGAGGCACUUCCGAUCCCUACGUGAAAGUUUAUCUGCUGCCAGACAAGAAAAAGAAGUUCGAAACCAAAGUCCACAGAAAAACGCUCAACCCUGUGUUCAACGAAACCUUCACCUUUAAAAGUGUUCCAUACGCCGACGCAAUGAACAAAACUCUGGUGUUCGCGAUCUUCGAUUUCGACAGAUUUUCGAAACACGAUCAAAUCGGCGAAGUCAAGGUCCCCUUGUGCCAGAUAGACUUGGCCCAGACGAUCGAGGAAUGGCGCGAACUGCAGAGCGUGGAAGGCGAGGGUGGUCAGGACAACAAGCUCGGUGACAUCUGCUUCUCGCUUCGAUACGUCCCUACGGCUGGCAAAUUAACCGUUGUUAUUCUCGAGGCGAAGAAUCUGAAGAAGAUGGACGUCGGCGGUCUUUCGGAUCCAUACGUUAAAAUUGCGCUGAUGCAAAACGGUAAACGAUUGAAGAAGAAGAAGACGUCCAUCAAGAAGUGCACCCUCAAUCCUUAUUACAACGAGUCAUUUACAUUCGAGGUGCCCUUCGAACAGAUACAGAAAGUGCAAUUGGUAGUAACGGUGGUAGAUUACGAUCGUAUCGGAACAUCGGAACCAAUUGGUAAAGUUGUAUUGGGUUACAACGCGAGCGGAACUGAACUCAGACAUUGGUCAGACAUGUUGGCAUCGCCAAGGCGUCCUAUAGCGCAAUGGCACACAUUGAAGGACCCGGAGGAUGGCGACAAGAAGGAUUAAAACUGAAAACCCAACAAUUUCCAAACGAGGUAAAAUAGGAGAGAAGAAAAACCAGUCGGAAAGGGAGGAUGUCAAAUCAGUUGGUAUAAAUAAAAGAAAAAAUUAAAAAAAAAAAAAAAAAAAAAAAAAAA